AUGGAGAAACAACCCAAAAAUCACCCCGAAUACUUCAUCACCCCGUUCAACGACAACAUCGACGACAUCAUUGCCACUACGCAAGCCACACACAGUGACAUCAUAGCCGAUGUGCAAAGAAGUAGUGCGCAGCAAUAUCAUCAUCAUCUUCAGAAGGCGCGGCUGAAACCGGCACCACCACCAGCAGAAGCCAUGGGUAUUGAUUUGGUCGCCGGAGGUAAGAGCAAGAAGACUAAGCGCACCGCCCCUAAAUCCAAUGAUAUUUACCUCAAACUUCUCGUCAAGCUGUAUCGAUUCCUUGUGAGGAGGACUGGAAGCAAGUUCAACGCGGUGAUAUUGAAGAGGCUGUUCAUGAGUAAGGUUAACAAGGCCCCCCUUUCUCUCUCCCGACUUGUCACUUUCAUGAAGGGAAAGGAAGACAAGAUUGCAGUGCUUGUUGGGACUGUCACUGAUGAUAUCAGGGCUUAUGAAGUCCCAGCUAUGAAGGUCACAGCUUUGAGGUUCACAGAGAGAGCAAGGGCUAGAAUUGAGAAAUCGGGUGGAGAAUGCUUGACUUUUGACCAGCUUGCUCUUAGAGCUCCUCUUGGGCAGAACACGGUACUUCUUAGAGGACCCGUGAAGUCUCGUGAGGCAGUGAAGCACUUUGGUCCAGCUCCUGGUGUUCCACACAGCCACACUAAGCCUUAUGUGAGAGCCAAGGGUAGGAAAUUUGAGCGUGCUAGAGGUAGAAGAAACAGCAGAGGUUUUAAAGUCUAA